CUGUCAACACCUUUUACAGUAGAAAUAUUUCGAUUUUCAACCAUAAUUUUGACAGUGAAAAAUUUUAAGUUUAAAAAGUUAGUAUUAUUAACCAUGCAGAUUAAUGACACUAAUCAAAAAAUUAUGAAUCUUUCAACGAAUAAAAUAGUCAACUUACAUCUAUUUGCUUCCGUUUUGAUGACCUCAUACAACAUUGUAUCCGUUAUGGUGAAAACAACAUUGAGUAAAUAUAAAGACACACUAGAGUCGACAUAAAAGAUAAUCAACUACUUUUCAAGACGUUGAGAGAAUUUUAGAUGCAUAAAUAAUUUUAUUUUAAGUGAUAAAUAAAAUAACUCAAACUGAUAGUGAGAAAAUGAGCAUAUGUGGAUGUAAAACUAUUUUAACGAAAUUAUUCACCUUAACUUAGUAACUGUUAAAUUUUAUUCAACAGAUAAUAUUUAAUAAACAUGUACUAUAUUAAAUGUGGAGAUGACACCUAAUAGAAUUUAAAAGCUUUUUACAUCUAUUCAAAAAUUGAUAUUAUAGUCAUUAACGGUACAAUAAUUGAUUAAAUAGGUUAUUUUGAUAUAGCAAUUUCAAAUAUGGGUAUGAUAUAUGUGGCAGUUUUAAUCCACUCAUGUCUAUAGUAACCUUGAUUUGUUCCAGAGAAGCCAGUUAAUAAAAAAAAAACACUUCUUGCUUAAUACUUAUUUACUAUAUUGGUGGUACAACUAACUGGACCAUUCUAUCAAUAAAAAUAAACAUUUUUUGUUUAUAUAGUAAAUAUAGGUAAAUACUUACCUAAUAAUUAUAUAUUAAAUAUCUUUGAACACUAAGAAUGACCUAUCAUAUAAUGUAAAAAAAAAUAAUUUAAAAAGUGAAAUGUUUCAACAAAUGGUGCAAUAUAUAAAACAGGUAGGUAGUAAGUACACAGCAGUUUAUUAUUUUAUCUAGAUUCAUGGAUUCUUUUUGUGACCUUUUCCGGAUUUUAAAUAAAUUAAAUAAGAUUUAAAAAUAUUUUUAUUAAAAACACAUGUUUAUAAUAAUAUAAUAUAGUUAACGAGGUUUAAUAAUUAAUAAAAACUUAAAUAUUAAUGAGUUUUAGUAACCACCGUUUUAACAUCUCAAUUUUCAUAAUA